GCUUAAUUAGUCCAUUUACAUUUCUUCAAGUAUUUGAUUAACUAAGAGAUCAAAUACACACUAUGGAGAGGCUCCAUAAGUUUUCUCUCUUUGGUUUAGUUCUGUUCCUCGGCAUGAUCGGCUCACCGAUCACUGCCAAUGAACUUACCUGCUCUAGUACUGAACAAACCUUUACUCGUGCCAACUUCCCUAAAGAUUUCAUUUUUGGUACUGCAACCGCAGCUUUUCAGGUGGAGGGAGCUGUAAAUGAAGGAUGUAGAGGUCCAAGCAUGUGGGACACAUACACCAAGAAAUACCCACAUAGAUGUAAUUAUCACAAUGCGGACGUUGCUGUCGAUUUCUACCAUCGUUACAAGGAAGAUAUCAAGUUGAUGAAACAACUGAACACUGAUGGAUUUAGAUUCUCCAUUGCAUGGCCCAGAAUAUUCCCCCAUGGUAGGAUGGAGAAAGGAAUAAGCAAAGCAGGUGUGCAGUUUUACCACGACCUGAUCGAUGAGCUCCUAAAAAAUGAAAUAACACCACUAGUAACCGUUUUUCACUGGGACACUCCUCAAGACUUAGAAGAUGAAUACGGUGGCUUCUUAAGCGAACGCAUAAUAAAGGAUUUCACGGAGUACGCAAACUUCACAUUCCAAGAAUACGGACACAAAGUGAAGCACUGGAUCACAUUUAACGAGCCAUGGGUGUUCAGUCGAGCUGGCUACGACAUUGGGAAAACAGCACCGGGACGUUGUUCUAAGUACAUCAAAGAACAUGGAGACAUGUGUCACGAUGGACGGUCGGGAUACGAAGCUUAUAUCGUCAGUCAUAACUUACUCUUGGCACAUGCCGAUGCCGUUGAGGCCUUUAGAAAAUGCGACAAGUGUGGAGGUGGUAAAAUUGGGAUUGCUCACAGUCCAGCUUGGUUUGAGCCGCACGAGCUCUCGGAAGAAGAAGAGCACGAAACUUCUGCAACUAAUUUGAUUGACUUCAUCUUGGGAUGGUAACAAAUAAACAACUAAGUAUUUUAACGUUUUAAUUUUAAAAUUUUAAAACUAUACACUUAUAUGUCACAAUUGACAAAUACUAUAUACUACUUUGAUUUCCGCAGGCAUUUGAAUCCGACUACGUAUGGAGAUUAUCCACAGUCGAUGAAGGAUCAUGUUGGACAUCGACUACCGAAAUUUACAGAGGCACAGAAGGAGAAGUUGAAGAAUUCUGCUGAUUUUGUAGGAAUCAAUUACUACACUUCACUAUUUGCUUUGCAUGACGAAGAGCCCGAUCCUUCGAAACCGAGUUGGCAGAGUGAUUCCCUCAUCGAUUGGGAACCAAGGCAUGUGGAUAGAUUCAGUGCUUACGCUAGCAAGCCUGAUGUUGCGAAAGUGGAAGUCUAUGCAAAUGGUUUGAGAAGCCUUUUGAAAUAUAUAAAGGAUAAAUAUGGCAACCCUGAAAUCAUUAUCACCGAGAAUGGAUACGGAGAGGAUCUAGGCGAGCAAGACACAAGUCUUGUAUUGGCGCUCUCAGAUCACCACAGAACAUAUUAUAUCCAGAAGCAUCUCUUGAGCUUGCACCAAGCAAUUUGCGAUGAUAAAGUAAACGUUACAGGGUACUUUCUUUGGUCAUUGAUGGAUAAUUUCGAAAGGCAAGAUGGGUAUAACGCGAGAUUCGGGCUUUACUACGUCGAUUACAAAAAUAAUUUGACGCGCCACGAAAAAUUAUCAGCCCACUGGUACUCGAGUUUCCUUUACGAUGGACUGAAAGAUUUCGAGUCUGAUGAGCACGAUGAGUUGUAGAGAGCUCUGCAAUAGACUUUGAAAAUUUGAGUCAUAAAUUAUAUUCACAAACUCUUUGUUUACAAUUUAUCAAUGUAUUUCCAUGUUUAAGUAAAAUAAUCAGAUAAUCG